AUGCUGGGGUGGGUGGAGCCAGGGCCACUUCCUUUCCCCUUGAGGCCCCUCCACCAGUCUUGCCCCAGCUUCAGGAGUUGGAGCAGCCUGGUCCCAGCCCUGUGCCCUUAUCCACUGAGCUGGUCCCAACUCCUGCUCAUGCCUAUUGCUUUGGAAAUGAUCCUGCUUCUCCUCCUCUUUGGGAGCGUCUGGGCCCAAAACACGAGCUCAGAGUCUCCGGACGGCACAAUUACUUUGCAGGAGUUGGAACCCACAGCGUCCUCUGCUUCUUUGGUCUCAAAUAUCUAUGAGACCACAAAAUUCAACUCAAUGACAUCUAAUUUUGCAACAACCGAGGUCCCUAAGACAGAUGACAGCACUGAGCACAAGAUCUUCCCGCCUUCCUCAACUCCCUAUACAGCCAAUGAGGUUUCCUCUCCUGGGACUUCCAUUGCUGCCAGCAGGGGCCCUCCUGUAAAUGAGUCAAUAAUCUCCCAGAAAGAGUCGGCCCAAACAUUAUCAAUGCCCCUGGAAAUCUCUAAUGCAACCAGUAUACCUGCUGUCCCAGUAGUGAAAUCUGCAGGAUUCCACACUACGACUGGUGAAACCAUGGCAACUAGCCCUCUGGAGACCUCCAGUGGGACCAGUGGACCCCCUGUCACCACAGCUACUAGCUCUCUGGAGACCUCUGAUGGGACCAGUGGACCCCCUAUCACCACAGCAAUUAGCUCUCUGAAGGCCUCCAAUGUGACCAUCAUGGAAACUAGCUCUCUAAAGACCUCCAAGGAGACCAGUGGACUUCCUGUCACCAUGGCAACUACGUCUCUGAAGACCCCCCUGGGGACCAGUGGCUCCCCCACCUUUGGAGUAAAAAUAUCCAGCCCAACGUCCUCCACAAACAUAAGCAGUAGGUCCUCCCCAAAUUCAGGUUGGGAGACAAAUGGCACGUUGCUGGUAGCUGUGCUUGUGGCCCUGCUGGUGGUCAUUUUCCUCAUGGCACUACUCCUGCUGUGGCACCGGAGGCAGAAGCGGAAGACAGGAGUACUGACCCUAAGCAGGAGUGGAAAACACAACGGGGUGGCAAAUGCCUGGGCUGGGGUAGCCCAGGUGUCUCACGAGGAGGCCGCGACAAUAACAGAGGGAGCGUCUGGGGGUAACAAUGACUCUGGGGUCCCCCAGGGGGAGGGGUCUGGCCAGCGGCCCACACUUACCACUUUCUUUGGUAGACGGAAGUCUCGCCAGGGCUCCAUGGCGCUGGAGGAGCUAAAGCCUGGGCCAGCCCCCAGCCUAAAGGGGGAGGAAGAGCCACUGGUGGGCAGCAAGGAUGAGGCUGCGGAGACCUUUACUUCUGAUGGGCCAGAAGAGAGAGAUGUGGAGGCCCCUUAACGUUUGAGAAUAAUAAGACUGGAGCUCAGAAUCGUUCCCGCUUUCAUCACCUUCCCUCCUGUCAUCACAUCCAGCCUCAUCAUCACCCAGCAUUUUCACCCAGCACCCUUUGGAUUUUCACCCAGCAUCUUCACCCUGAAUCCUCAUUCAGCUCUUCUAGCCAGCAGCCCACGCAGCACCCACACCCAGCGCGCAGGUCAGGGCUGACACCCACUGAACCCUUGUAGAUUGAAUGAACGAACUCUCCUCAUCAACCCCUGCUUCUCCCCAUCACAUUUUCUCCACAUUUCUGUCCUUGAAACCAGCUGUUGAGUCUCCAUAAAGGCCAAACUUACGAUUUCUCAGAGGAUUCCCCAGGAAUACCAGAGUCUGGGAAGAAGAGGAAAUGGCAACCCAGCAAACCCCCACCUUAGGAUUACUCUGGAAAGUACAUUUGGCCCCAUGGAUUAGGACAGUCCCACCGGCUGAGCCCAUGAACUGCCUUUAACUCCAGGCCCCAGUGCUCUGUGCUAGGCCAGCCUGGAGCAUGGGCUGGGUGGUGUCACCCAGCAGUGGUCUCAGGUGCGUCUGAGACGGCCCCUGGACCCUAGGCUGGCUCACGGUCCCAGCCACCACAUUCUCCCCCGACUCUGGAUCGAGGCAGCCAGAGGCUUCAGCUGUUUCUCCUCCCAAGAGCAGAGGUGAGAAGAGCUUCUGUGCAGAUGUAGUUCUUAGAAGCCUCGGCACCUGCGUGGGUCCACUCAUGCAUGUAGUUUGUGUGCAAGAGGCGAGGACUUGGUGACGCUUGUGAAGGGCAGUGGCGAGUACAGCUGGGUGAGGGAGGGGGCAGGAAGGGCUGCAGAGGCUGAGGA